AGUGACUCAGGUUCUGUAUCGGACGUCUCGGGCUCAAAGGCGUAAUGCCCUUGUAAUUUCUGCAACGUGUCAGCCAUUGCUUGGCGAGCUGAGGCCAUUCUAUCUUCCAGCGUCCUCUCCGGCUUAUAGUCAUUGGCUUGUCCCCCUCAAGAUCCUCCGCGUCGAGAUGGACCCUGCAACACUCCUCUUCUUGAGUUCUUUCCUCCUUGGACUUGUCUUUUGCAUAUUGUGUCUCCUUGACCGGGACCAGGAAUGUGGACCAAAGACAAUCCCUACAGUUGGAGGCUCCUCUUUGCCUCUCCUCUCAUACGCAGGAGCUUUUCGUCACGUCUUUUAUGCUGCCGACAUCCUCCAUGAGGGUUAUCGGAGGUACAAGGGUGGCACGUUCAAAUUCGCAGAUUUCCGCAGGUGGUACAUUAUUGUGUGCGAGCCGCACUUGAUAGAGGAGAUCAUCAAAGCCCCAGACGACCAGCUAUCCUUUGAUGAAGCUGUGCACGAGAUCCUUCAGACCGACUACACCUUGGGCUAUGCCCUGCACCAUAAUUUAUACCACGUACCGAUUGUUCGGUCGCAACUGACUCGCAACAUCGCAAAAUUCUUCCCGCUAUUGCAUGACGAGCUCGUAGCUUCGUUUCACGAUGAAAUUCCCUUGAAUGGGUCAGGAUGGAACAAGGUCCGCGCUAUGGAUGCCAUGGUCCAGGUGAUCUGCAGAACAAGCAACAGAGUGUUCGUUGGUUUGCCUUUGUGCAGAAAUUUGGACUAUUGCAACCUAAAUAAGCAAUUUACAGUCGACGUAAUGAAGGGGGGAACGAUAAUCUCUCUAUUUCCAGGCUUGCUCAAACCGUUUGCAGCACGGUUCCUGACUGACGUGCCUAAUAGCAUUAAGCGGGGCGUCAAACAUCUAGAGCCCCUCAUUAGCGAACGCCUUCGAAUGGAACAAGAGCUGGGUUCGGAAUGGACGGAUAAGCCUAAUGACAUGCUGCAAUGGCUCUUGGAUGCAGCCGAAGGAGAGGAGCGUACCGUCCGAGCACUAGUGCUGCGGAUUUUGACAAUCAAUGUUGGAGCAAUACACACAUCUGCAAUGUGCCUCACACACGCGGUAUACUAUCUGGCUGCCUAUCCACAGUAUGUUCAAGCGCUGCGUGAGGAGGUCGAAGCUGUCGUGCAGCAAGAAGGAUGGACGAAGGCCGCCAUGGGAAAAAUGCACAAAUUGGACAGUUUCUUCAAGGAAGUUCAGCGGCUGAAUGGGAUUGUUGCCAGGGGAUUGGAUCGCAAGGCUAUGAAGGAUUUUAGAUUCUCGGAUGGAACAUUUGUUCCUGCAGGCACAUACAUCGCGGCUCCAGCUGUGGCCAUGCAUCACGACGAGGACGUAUAUCCCGAUGCUCAUACGUUCAAUCCAUGGAGGUUCUCCGACUCCUGCAAUGAGCGGGACGACUUUCAGCGGCAACACACCAUCACCACAAGCCCUUACUUUCUUCUUUUCGGACAUGGGAAACAUGCAUGUCCUGGUAGAUUCUUUGCGGUCAAUGAGCUGAAAGCGAUGCUCGCCCAUAUGGUCGUCUCCUAUGAUAUGAAGAUGGAUCAGGAAGGGGAAGUACCUGCGAGUAAAUGGAUAGCCAACGCGCUCAUUCCGCAUCCCACUGCUGAGGUUGAAUUUCGGAGACGAGUGGACUAGCUCAUGCUUUUUGCAUGUUGUCUGUAUUAUUUUAUCAGGAUAUCGUUCGUUGCAAUGCAAUAUGUACACUAUCAUGCGGGCGUACUACGCAGAAGCUAAACUACGAU